CACCGCAGACGGCGACAGUGCAGGGGAGAGGACGGAGAAACCAGUGCCCACCGAAGAGCACAAGAUAACUAAGCAAGAACAAACAUCUUCAAUGUCGUCAGGUGUACUGGGUAAGUGUCUUGAGGAACACAGCAUUUGUCGUCGUGACAGGGUGCGUAAAGUCGAGAUAGAUGGUUACAGAGAGGAUAAUUAUAAAGUAUGCUAUUUGUGGUGGUAGGCUAUGAUGCAGUAUUCUCACACAUUCACGCAAAAUGCCAUUGACCCCAGCCUUCGAGGUUAAUCCCAUAGUUUAGCCUUCACCUUUCAUGCCACAUUUGUGUAGUUUUUUUGUUUUCGCGUCCUAUAACAUUGUGCGCAUUCCGAUGAGAAAGAGAAUGGCCGAAUGGCUGCUGGGCUGGCUUUUGUGGUCCCACAGGUGUAGCCUAGUCCAAGGCAAUGCAACUGCAUUUUCAUUCAUUAUAUUGUUUUAAUGUAGACUUUGUAUUUUGAUAAAUAUUGGAUGUACAUGAUUUAUUUCAGUGGUCUAGCUGUCAAAUAAGUAAAGUAACUGUCCAGUAAAAAUCUCACUUUUAAAAGUUAAUAUUCUGUUAACCCAUACCCAAAUAAUGUUGUAGACUCAUCCUAUACUCCUAUUUGUGGCCAAAGCAUAAAUGUGAGAAGAAAAAAAAAAACACUUCAAAAGCCCAAACUCAAACUUGUAUCUCAAACAAAAUGCUUGCUAUUUCCUCACAGAGGAUGAGGUCAUCCUCCUAAGGAGGAUAAGCUGGCCAAUCAGCGCUCUACUUGCAUGAAUAUUUUGAAUGACCGGGAUACGCCCACACCAUUCUAACACAGAAAAACUGCUUUUUAAGAUACUUAAUUAAAAAAAAAAUUGGAAUGGAAAACUAUUUCACUCAUAGAAAUCUGUAAACACUGGACAGUUACUUUAAACAGAACUGUAAGAUUAAAAACAAAAUAUUUAAUGUUGGAUUUUAGUAGCCUACAGUGAUUAUUUUAUUACAACUUACAAACUGCAUUGUGCAUAACAUUAAGCAACCACACACAUUUCUUCCAAGUCCACAUUUUUGUAGGCCUAUACUUAACGCUGCAAUAUCCAGGACCGAGUUUGGGAAACACUGCUCUACACUAUACUUGCUUGUAGGCAAACUAUUCGAAUUCCUGUUUGCUCAAAUUAAUAACACAUAUGGAAUCAUGUAGUAACCAAUAAAGUGUUAAAGAAAUCAAAAUAUAUUUUAUAUUUGAGAUUCUUCAAAUAGCCUCCCUUUGCCUUGAUGACAGCUUUGCACACUCUUGGCAUUCUCUCAACCAGCUUCACCUGGAAUGCUUUUCCAACAGUCCUGAAGGAGUUCCCACAUAUGCUGAGCACUUGUUGGCUGCUUUUCCUUCACUCUGCAGUCCAACUCAUCCCAAACCAUCUCAAUUUGGUUGAGGUUGGGGGAUUGUGGAGGCCAGGUCAUCUAAAAUAGCCCUUACACAGCCUGGAGGUGUGUUGGGUCAUUGUCCUGUUGAAAAACAAAUGAUAGUCCCACUAAGCCCAAACCAGAUGGGAUGGCGUAUCGCUGUAGAAUGCUGUGGUAGCCAUGCUGGUUAAGUGUGCCUUGAAUUCUAAAUAAAUCACAGACAGUGUCACCAGCAAAGUAUUUAGUGUUGUUUACACUCUUCCAAAUUGUCAGAAAAAUAAUAUUUAUAAUUAUAACACUCCUUUUUCUUUAUCUCCUUCUUAUUGUUAUUACUAUUAUUAUUAUUAUUAUUAUUAUGAUAAUAAUUAUAGUAAUAAGUAAUGUCGUUAUCAUUAGUAGGCUUAGUAUAGCAGCCUUUUAUAACCACCAUCGAGCUGUAGGCCAAAGAGUGCAUCCUGUUUAGUCUUAAUACCCUAACUUACUUAGGCCUAUAUUUCAAUACUUAUAUAUGCUACUGUAUCAAUCAAUCAUUAAUUAGUUCAUGUCAUCACACAGCAUAUGAGUCAUUCAUGAUUUGAAAUACAAUCAAGCAUUUUUGUUGUCACGGUUUCGGCCGAGGCUGCUCCUUCUCCUUGUUCGGGCAGGCUUCGGCGGUCGUCGUCUCCGGAGUACUAGCUGCCACCGUUCUAUGUUUCGAUGUUUGAUUGGUUUUGUCUGUUUUGUUACACCUGUUCCUUGUUAGUGUUCAUUAUGCGUCCUAUAUAGUUCUCUUGAGCUUUGUCUUGUGUUGUGUGUAAUUGUUCGUUGUCACGUUGUGUGUUAGUUCGUUUAUGUUCUCUCUUUAUUUUGUUUAGAGAGAGUUCCGCACUUUGUGCGCUUUUGUUUUUGCACUUUACCGAGUUGCAUAAAGUUCGCUUGCCUGCCUGGUUGCCUGUUGCCGUGUUUGGCUUGUUCUUUUGUCUUCACUAAAGACGUCAGUACGAAGCCUCUGUGUGUCCUGUGCAUGAUUCCACACCACAUCUACACUCAACCCUGACAUUUGUUUUAAAAUAAAAUAAAGAGACCCUUGAAUAAUUAGCAUAAAAAGUAAAUAAACCGUUCCAUUUCGGAAAUUGCAUUCACAUAUGAAUGCAACUGUUUUUAGUCUUUGCUGUAAUAAAGGCUUUACAAAAAAAUUAAAAUAAAAACAUUACAACAGACUCUCUGGUACACUUAUCAUUUAUUUAGUGUUGUUUACAUUGUUCCAAACGGUCAGAAAAAUUAAAUUGUAAUCUAACAGCACCUGUUUGGCACACAUAAUAUGCACACAGCGCUUGCUCCUUACCUUCUUUUUCUUGAUCGCCAGUAUUUUCCACAACUAGUCAAAUUUAUUCCACACAUCCGACUUCCCCUUUACCUCCUCAGCAACCAGUAAACAUUCCCCCGUUUCGAGUUUAUUUACAUUUUACAUUUUCAUUACAUUUUCGUCAUUUAGCAGACGCUCUUAUCCAGAGCGACUUACAAAUUGGUGCAUUCACCUUAUGAUAGCCAGUGGGACAACCACUUUACAAAAUGUUUUUUUCUUUUUUUAAUUUUUUUUUUCUUUGGGGUGGGGUAAGGGGGGAUAGAAGGAUUACUUUAUCUUAUCCCAGGUAUUCCUUAAAGAGGUGGGGUUUCAAGUGUCUCCGGAAGGUGGUGAGUGACUCCGCUGUCCUGGCGUCGUGAGGGAGCUUGUUCCACCAUUGGGGUGCCAGAGCAGCGAACAGUUUUGACUGGGCUGAGCAGGAACUGUGCUUCCGCAGAGGUAGGGGGCCAGCAGGCCAGAGGUGGAUGAACGCAAUGCCCUCGUUUGGGUGUAGGGACUGAUCAGAGCCUGAAGGUACGGAGGUGCCGUUCCCCUCACAGCUCCGUAGGCAAGCACCAUGGUCUUGUAGCAGAUGCGAGCUUCAACUGGAAGCCAGUGGAGUGGGCGGAGGAGCGGGGUGACGUGAGAGAACUUGGGAAGGUUGAACACAAGACGGGCUGCGGCGUUCUGGAUGAGUUGUAGGGGUUUAAUGGCACAGGCAGGGAGCCCAGCCAACAGCGAGUUGCAGUAAUCCAGACGGGAGAUGACAAGUGCCUGGAUUAGGACCUGUGCCGCUUCCUGUGUAAGGCAGGGUCGUACUCUGCGAAUGUUGUAGAGCAUGAACCUACAGGAUCGGGUCACCGCCUUGAUGUUAGCGGAGAACGACAGGGUGUUGUCCAGGGUCACGCCAAGGCUCUUUGCACUCUGGGAGGAGGACACAACGGAGUUGUCAACCGUGAUGGCGAGAUCAUGGAACGGGCAGUCCUUCCCCGGGAGGAAGAGCAGCUCCGUCUUGCCGAGGUUCAGCUUGAGGUGGUGAUCCGUCAUCCACACUGAUAUGUCUGCCAGACAUGCAGAGAUGCGAUUCGCCACCUGGUUAUCAAAAGGGGGAAAGGAGAAGAUGAAUUGUGUGUCGUCUGCGUAGCAAUGAUAGGAGAGGCCAUGUGAGGAUAUGACAAUAUGACAGAGCCAAGUGACUUGGUGUAUAGCGUGAAUAGGAGAGUGCCUAGAACUGAGCCCUGGGGGACACCAGUGGUGAGAGCACGUGGUGCGGAGACAGAUUCUCGCCACGCCACCUGGUAGGAGCGACCUGUCAGGUAGGACGCAAUCCAAGAGUGAUCCGCGCCGGAGAUGCCCAACUCGGGGAGGGUGGAGAGGAGGAUCUGAUGGUUCACAGUAUCAAAGGUAGCAGAUAGGUCUAGAAGGACGAGAGCAGAGGAGAGAGAGGUAGCUUUAGCAGUGCGGAGAGCCUCCGUGACACAGAGAAGAGCAGUCUCAGUUGAAUGACCAGUCUUGAAACCUGACUGGUUUGGAUCAAGAAGGUCAUUCUGAGGGAGAUAGCAAGAGAGUUGGCUAAAGACAGCACGCUCAAGAGUUUUGGAGAGAAAAGAAAGAAGGGAUACUGGUCUGUAGUUUUUUGAGAAGGGGUGCAACUCUCGCUCUCUUGAAGACGGAAGGGACAUAGCCAGCGGUCAAGGAUGAGUUGAUGAGCGAGGUUUGGUAAGGGAGAAGGUCUCCGGAAAUGGUCUGGAGAAGAGAGGAGGGGAUAGGGUCAAGCGGGCAGGUUAUUGGGCGGCCGGCCGUCACAAGUCGCAAGAUUUCAUCUGGAGAGAGAGGGGAGAAAGAAGUCAAAGCAUAGGGUAGGGCAGUGUGAGCAGGACCAGCGGUGUCAUUUGACUUAACAAAAGAGGAUCGGAUGUCGUCAACCUUCUUUUCUAAUUUGGUUGACGAAGUCAUCCACAGAGAGGGAGGGGGGGGGGGGAUUCAGCAAGGAGGAGAAGGUGGCAAAGAGCUUCCUAGGGUUAGAGGCAGAUGCUUGGAAUUUAGAGUGGUAGAAAGUGGCUUUAGCAGCAGAAACAGAGGAAGAAAAUGUAGAGAGGAGGGAGUGAAAAGAUGCCAGGUCCGCAGGGAGUCUAGUUUUCCUCCAUUUCCGCUCGGCUGCCCGGAGCCCAGUUCUGUGAGCUCGCAAUGAGUCGUCAAGCCACGGAGCAGGAGGGGAGGACCGAGCAGGCCGGGAGGAUAGGGGACAUAGAGAGUCAAAGGAUUCAGAAAGGGAGGAGAGGAGGUUUGAGGAGGCAGAAUCAGGAGAUUGGAGGGAGAGGGAUUGAGCAGAGGGAAGAGGGAAGAGAUGAUAGGAUGGAAGAGGAGAGAGUAGCAGGAGAGAGAGAGCGAAGGUUGCGACGGCACAUUACCAUCUGAGUAGGGGCAGAGUAAGUAGUGUUGGAGGAGAGCGAGAGAGAAAAGGAUACAAAGUAGUGGUCGGAGACUUGGAGGGGAGUUGCAGUGAGAUUAGUAGAAGAACAGCAUCUAGUAAAGAUGAGGUCAAGUGUAUUGCCUGCCUUGUAAGUAGGGGGGGACGGUGAGAGGGUGAGGUCAAAAGAGGAGAGAAGUGGAAAGAAGGAGGCAGAGAGAAAUGAGUCAAAGGUAGACGUAGGGAGGUUAAAGUCACCCAGAACUGUGAGGGGUGAGCCAUCCUCAGGAAAGGAACUUAUCAAGGCGUCAAGCUCAUUGAUGAACUCUCCAAGGGAACCUGGAGGGCGAUAAAUGAUAAGGAUGUUAAGCUUGAAUGGGGUAGUGACUGUGACAGCAUGGAAUUCAAAUGAGGAGAUAGACAGAUGGGUCAGGGGAGAAAGAGAGAAUGUCCACUUGGGAGAGAUGAGGAUUCCUGUGCCACCACUCCGCUGACCAGAUGCUCUCGGGGUAUGCGAGAACACAUGGUCAGAUGAGGAGAGAGCAGUAGGAGUAGCAGUGUUUUCUGUGGUAAUCCAUGUUUCCGUCAGCGCCAAGAAGUCGAGGGACUGGAGGGUAGCAUAGGCUGAGAUGAACUCUGCCUUGUUGGCCGCAGAACGGCAGUUCCAGAGGCUGCCGGAGACCUGGAACUCCAUGUGGGUCGUGCGUGCAGGGACCACCAGGUUAGAGUGGCAGCAGCCAUGCGGUGUAAUGCGUUUGUAUAGCCUGUGCGGAGAGGAGAGAACAGGGAUAGACAGACACAUAGUUGACAGGCUACAGAAAAGGCUACACUAAUGCAAAGGAGAUCGGAAUGAAAUUAACUAAACAUCUGGGGAAGGGAGGCCUCCCCCACUAACCUUUCACUCACUGAAACACUCAAAUACAACUCUUCCAACUUCCACUUUAGAAAUUAUAAUUGUUGUAAUCUACAGUGGUUCAAUGUUUCCAGGAAUAGACUCUAACUUAGUUUAUUCUGCUAGCUAACUUGGUACAGUAUUCUUCUGUGAAAACCACGCAGGGCACCGUAUCCUAUGACGCCAUAGCUAACUAUCAUCCAAUAACACACGGUUUAGCACCAAUACUUGGUUACAACAAACUACCAACGGAUCAUUCGUAUUCGUGUCCGUGUCUAUUUCCUUUCAUAACGCAGAAGUAAUUAAACGUUGGCUAGCUAGCACAAAGUCAGUCAUGCUAGCUACACAAGUUGACAUCUCGAAUGUUCAGAAAGUGAAGCUUACGUUGCAAAAUUCUCAAUACUCGGUUACAACAGGCUACCAAUAGUGUGUUAACAUGCUAAACAGAUCAUUCGUGUCCGUGUAUAACGUUGUGUAAGGUUUUGGGUUAGUUUUGACAGUUUGAGUGAGUACGUUGUCAACUUAUUCAGCCAGUUAGUUAGCUAGCUAGAAUAGUUAGCAUAUUAGCUAGCCAUUGCUCUCAGUCAGUGAACCAACCCCUCCCCCCACGGUAUUAAACACAGAGAGCCAAGCUAACGUUAAGUCACCCAUGUCUUGAAUUCCUUUUGAAAGACUCUGGUUACCAGUAUGUACAGAUGAAAAAUAAAUAUAGGUUAUAACUUACCCUUAGUAGCUACUGAUAGCUAGUUAAGUGUAGAGCUAGCUACUGAAUUGAUUUAGCCAGUUUGCGUCUGUCCCAACCGAGAGAAAGCGUCUCCAAAUAUUACAGCUAGGUUGUUCCAGCUGUUGUUGAGUUAGCUAUCCAGGUAGCAACAAGCUCGCUACAUUUGAGUACAGUAGCUGCUAACUACCUAGCGUUAACGUUUCAGAUAAUGAGGUUAGAAAAACAGCUGAAUGGUAGGUAGCUAGCUAGCAUAAUUACAGGUAGUCUUAAGCAUGAAAUAACAUUGGAAACAACUAUCCACAGUUGCCAAUAGUUACCAGUAGCUUCCCGCUAGCUAGCUAGCUAUAUUGGUCCAGGUAGUGUGUUAGGUAGCCUCGUGCUUCACCGGGAUCAGCCGAAUACAAUACAAUAACUACCUACGAUUCCAAACUACAAUUCCUAACUACAAUACCUAUCUACAAUCUAAAUGCAUGGUUUAAGCUUUACUUUACUUUACUUUACUCGACACCAUAUAAAGAAGAAGCCAAGCUUACCUCCCACUUAUAGAAACAUAACCUCACCCCAUCGCGUCCGUCCAGUUUAUUUGUCACCUCCUCUGCAUCCAUUUAGCUGUCACAUAUGUUCGGAGUUUGUUAUAACCAAUUUAUUGAUGUGAUUAUUAUAUGCUAUAGGUCAGGCCCUAUUGGUCACGUCCAUACGAUGCAUACAUGUGUCACGUAAAGAGAGUAAGGGUUGAGGGAAUAGGGAAUGUUUUUCCUAAACAAAUGAGGGAUUUCAGUAACAUAACUUUUCAGUCAGAAAUUGCUUUAAUUAUGUUGCAGCUCCAGCAACAUGGACAGCGCGAUAAACACUGUUGAAGUUCUGUAGUGGUUUCUGCAGCAUAGAGGAUAGAGAGACAUCGGGUGCACACUCGCUCAGACUCCCUAGUCAUUUGUGUCUUAAUUAUUGAAUCAAACAGUGUGCUUAAAGCUUAAAGCAUCAGACAAGCUCAGUGCAUAUAGUUGAUUUGAUUAAAACACAUAGGAUGGGUCUAUAUACAGAAAAAUACACUUUUUAAAAUUUCGACCAAUCGAUUGGAACAGACGACUCUUGGUCGACCAAUAUUGUUUUUGGUCGUGGACAGCCCUAGUAGGUACAAUCACAAAGGAACGUUUUCUAUAUUUGCUGAUAGAUGUAUUUUACGUGCUGCUACUAUACUGAACAAAAAUAUAAACGCAACAUGCAACAAUUUCAAAGAUUUUACUGAGUUACAGGUCAUAUGAGGAAAUCAGUACAUUGAAAUUAAUUAAUUAGGCCCUAAUCUAUGGAUUUCACAUGACUGGGAAUAGAGAUAUGCGUCUGUUGGUCACAGAUACAUUUAAAAACAAAUGGACCUCACAAUGGGCCUCAGCAUCUAGACGCUGUAUUUUUGUGCAUUGAAAUUGCUAUCGAUAAAAUGCAUUUGUGUUCAUUGUCUGUCGCUUAUGCCUGCCCAUACCAUAACCCCACCGCCACCAUGGGGCACUCUGUUUACAAUGUUGACAUCAGCAAACCGCUCACCCACACGACGCCAUACACAUGGUCUACAGUUGUGAGUCCGGUUGGAUGUACUGCCAAAUUCUCUAAAAUGACGUUUGAGGCGACUUAUGGUAGAGAAAUGAACAUUCAAUUCUCUGGCAACAGCUCUGGUGGUCAUUCCUGCAGUCAGCAUGCCAAUUGCACACUCCCUCAAAAUCUGUGGCAUUGUGUUGUGUGACAAAACUGCACAUUUUAGAGUGGCCUUUUAUUGUCCCCAGCACAAGGUGCACCUGUGUAAUGAUAAUGCUGUUUAAUCAGCUUCUUGAUAUGACCCACCUGUCAGGUGGAUGGAUUAUCUUGGCAAAGGAUACAUCCUCACUAACAGGGAUGUAAACAAAUGUGUGCACAAAAUUUGAGAGAAAUAAGCUUUUUGUGCGUAUGGGAUCUUUUAUUUCAGCUCAUGAAACAUGGGACCAACACUUUACAUGUUGCGUUUAUAUUUCUCUUCAGUGGAGUAUAGCUACUAGUCCCUUAGCAGUCCCAGCACUAAAAGUCCCAGGUAUGGUGCUGUCAUAGGUUUAAACAUUGUAACUUGGCAGUGAAGAUGUGGCUGUGCAAGAAAGAGUAGAGUAGUUAAUGUUGUUCAGAACAAAAGCCAUACAGUGGUGCCCUGUUAGAGUGACAAGAUACAUUUCACUGCACAAACUAUACACUGCUCACCCGCUACAACCUAGUGGUGUUUGUGGGUGUCUGUGUGUGAGAGAGAAUGGGAGAGAGAGAAGGGGAGAGGGGCGAGGAAGGUUAGAGGACUACUUUCCAUGCAAGUAAUAGGUGGCUUUACCACUUCAGUGGGUAAAUGCACUGAAAAGAGCAUUCGAGAUUCUCAUCGUUAUCGUGUCACAUGUGGUUUGACCUGGUUAAGUUGGAGCCUGUGGUUUGUACCUCCCAUGUAGUGGUUGGUUUUCAAGAGCGGUGUUCAAAAGCUACCCUACAAGUACUGCAGCUUAGUAAUGGUUAGCCUUAUGUUCUGUUGUGCAAAAAACUACUAGAAUUACACAGGCCCAGUGUUGUACAAGAGGAACCUCUUUUAAGCUAAUGCCUUUUUAUUUAUGUCAAUGUAGAAAAUUGUCAUUUCUGAUUCUUUCAUGAUUUGGGAUGAUCUGUGCCCGUUUCAAAUUGUCAGAGGAGAGAAAGGAGUAACAAACUGCUUUGGCCUUGUUGAUUAGUAGAAAAGUGACAAAGCUGGCGGUGAGGAUUUGGCACUUCGGUAGAAUCCUCCCUCGCUCCUUCUGUCACCCCUGUCCCCAUUACACCGCACUGAUGAGAACUGUUCUUACCUCCAUCUGUCUCCCCCCUCCCCCUCCCCCUCUCCCCUCUCCCUCUCCCUCUCUCUCUCCUCCCCUCUACCGCUCCCCCUUUAGAUACAUUGUUUGGGAAACGCCUCUCGCAGGCCAGACGGUACAUCAUGUCCCAUAAAUCCUGGCUAAAAAUGGUUCCCACCGAAGACUGUGAACUCCUAAUGACAUUCCCAGGUACACUUAAUCACCACAUUCACCUUCUAUGGUUCAUUCCCCUCAAUCAUGAUGGGAAACGUAGAGGGGGAAUCUUAUUGGCCAUUGUGGGCAAUGAGCCAAUCACUCGGAGACGUGACAUGGAACAGUUCACGGGGACUACUGAAUCACAUCCAUUACCUGUAUGUUUAUUACAGAGUAAGGUACUCUAGGAUUCUGCACAUGCUAUGGGAAUGCAUGCUAUACAUGGAUCAAUUUCAGGAAUCAAGUCAAACCAAGUUUCAACAUGGAUCAAAAUGAAACUGGGUUGGAUAUGAAUUAUUGCACUGAUUCUUGAUGGGAUGAAAUAAAUGCGGUGGUGCGUUGCCCCAUAAACUCUCAGGCGUUUACCUUAUUUGAUUGGAUUGACCUUUCCACGGAUCCGUCCUCCCACUGUUACUGCUGCUACUUCCGUCAAGCUUUGGAGAAUGUCGUUGUUUCAACCUCCUUAUUUGAAUAAACUCAUUAAGUGGCUCCAAGAGUGUCUGAUGAAUGUCUAGAAUGUAAAGUGUAAAAAAUGGUCAAGCAAUGAAUGAUUGUAACAGGUUCAAUAUAAAUGAAUGGAAAUUGGGCUGUGGAGUCAGACUCUAGAACUGACCAUUUAUGUUUUGUAGACACCAUAGAUGACAACACCUUGCUAUGGCUGCUGAACCAUAUUCGACUGGGAAUCCCACAAGUUACAAUCCAGAUCCGACAGCAUCAACACACACAGGGAUAUACGUUCUACAUUACAAGUACAUUCGAGAAGUAAGAUAUCCCACUAUCUGAGCUGACCCUUGUAUUCUCGUUGCACACUAACAGAACUCUACACACUCUUGCACACUGACACUCCAACACACACAUUUAUACUGAAACACGCACACACUCACGUACAGUACCAGUCAAAAGUUUGGACACACCUACUCAUUCAAGGGUUUUUCUUUAUUUUUACUAUUUUCUACAGUGUAGAAUAAUAGUGAAGACAGAAAAACUAUGAAAUAACACAUAUGGAAUCAUGUAGUAACCAAAAAAGUGUUAAACUAAUAAAAAUAUAUGUUAUAUUUGAGCCAUUCUUUGCCUUAAUGACAGCUUUGCACACUCUUGGCAUUCUCGUUCAUGAGGUAGUGACCUGGAAUGCAUUUCAAUAAACAGGUUUGCCUUGUUAAAAGUUAAUUUGUGGAAUUUCUUUCCUUCUUAAUGCGUUUGAGCCAAUCAGUUGUGUUGUGACAAGGUAGGGGUGGUAUACAGAACAUAGCCCUAUUUGGUAAAAUACCAAGUCCAUAUUAUGGCAAGAACAGCUCAAAUAAGCAAAGAUAAACGGCAGUCCAUCAUUACUAUAAGACAUGAAGGUCAGUCAAUAUGGAACAUUUCAAGAACUUUUAAAGUUUCUUUAAAAGUGCAGUCGCAAAAACCAUCAAGCGCUAUGAUGAAACUGGCUCUCAUGAGGACCGCCACAGGAAAAGAAGACCCAGAGUUACCUCUGCUGCAGAGGAUAAGUUCGUUAGAGUUACCAGCCUCAGAAAUUGCAGACCAAAUAAAUGCUUCACAGAGUUCAAGUAACAGACACAUCUCAACAUCAACUGUUCAGAGGAGACUGUGUGAAUCAGGCCUUCAUGGUCGAAUAGCAGCAAAGAAACCACUACUAAAGGACACCAAUAAGAAGAAGAGACUUGCUUGGGUCAAGAAACACGAGCAAUGGACAUUAGACCGGUGGAAAUCUGUCCUUUGGUCUGAUGAGUCCAAAUGUGAGAUUUUUGGUUCCAACCGCUGUGUCUUUGUGAGAUGCAGAGUAGGUGAACGGUUGAUCUCCGCAUGUGUGGUUCCCACCGUGAAGCAUGGAGGAGGAGGUGUGAUGGUGUGUGUGUGCUUUGUCUGUGAUUUAUUUAGAAUUCAAGGCACACUUAACCAGCAUGGCUACCACAGCAUUCUGCAGCAAUACGCAAUCCCAUCUGGUUUGGGCUUAGUGGGAUUAUCAUUUGUUCUUCAACAGGACAAUGACCCAAAACACACCUCCAGUCUGUGUAAGGGCUAUUUUACCAAGGAGAGUGAUGGAGUGCUGCAUCAGAUGACCUGGCCUCCACAAUCACCUGACCUCAACCCAAUUGGGAUGGUUUGGAUGAGUUGGACUGCAGAGUGAAGGAAAAGCAGCCAACAAGUGCUCAGCAUAUGUGGGAACUGCUUCAAGACUGUUGGAAAAGCAUUCCCAUGAAGUGGUUGAGAGAAUGCAAAGAGUGUGCAAAGCAUUAAUCAAGGCAAAGGGUGGCUACUUUGAAGAAUCUCAAAUAUAAAAUAUAUUUUGAUUUGGUUAACACUUUUUUGGUUAAUACAUGAUUCCAUAUGUGUUAUUUCAUAGUUUUGAUGGCUUCACUAUUAUUCUACAAUGUAGAAAAUAGUUUUAAAAAAUAAAGAAAAUCCCUUGAAUGAGUAGGUGUGUCCAAUCUUUUGACUGGUAAUGUACAAUCAUUAUUUACUCUGAUGCUACUCUGUUUAUCAUAUAUCCUGAUGCCUAGUCACCUUACCCCUAUACAUCUCUACGUCCAUCACUCCAGUGUCCCUGCACAUUGUAAAUAUGGUACUGGAACUGACCCUGUAUAUGGGGAGAACAAGUAUUUGAUACACUGCCGAUUUUGCAGGUUUUCCUACUUACAAAGCAUGUAAAGGUCUGUAAUUUGUAUCAUAGGUACACUUCAACUGUGAGAGACGGAAUCUAAAACAAAAAUCCAGAAAAUCACAUUGUAUGAUUUUUAAGUAAUUAAUUUGCAUUUUAUUGCAUGACAUAAGUAUUUGAUCACCUACCAACCAGUAAGAAUUCCGGCUCUCACAGACCUGUUAGUUUUUCUUUAAGAAGCCCUCCUGUUCUCCACUCAUUACCUGUAUUAACUGCACCUGUUUGAACUCGUUACCUGUAUAAAAAGACACCUGUCCACACACUCAAUCAAACAGACUCCAACCUCUCCACAAUGGCCAAGACCAGAGAGCUGUGUAAGGACAUCAGGGAUAAAAUUGUAGACCUGCACAAGGCUGGGAUGGGCUACAGGACAAUAGGCAAGCAGCUUGGUGAGAAGGCAACAACUGUUGGCGCAAUUAUUAGAAAAUGGAAGAAGUUCAAGAUGACGGUCAAUCACCCUCGGUCUGGGACUCCAUGCAAUAUCUCACCUCGUGGGGCAUCAAUGAUCAUGAGGAAGGUGAGGGAUCAGGCCAGAACUACACGGCAGGACCUGGUCAAUGACCUGAAGAGAGCUGGGACCACAGUCUCAAAGAAAACCAUUAGUAACACACUACGCCGUCAUGGAUUAAAAUCCUGCAGCGCACGCAAGGUCCCCCUGCUCAAGCCAGCGCAUGUCAAGGCCCAUCUGAAGUUUGCCAAUGACCAUCUGGAUGAUCCAGAGGAGGAAUGGGAGAAGGUCAUGUAGUCUGAUGAGACAAAAAUUGAGCUUUUUGGUCUAAACUCCACUCGCCGUGUCUGGAGGAAGAAGAAGGAUGAGUACAACCCCAAGAACACCAUCCCAACCAUGAAGCAUGGAGGUGGAAACAUCAUUCUUUGGGGAUGCUUUUCUGCAAAGGGGAAAGGACGACUGCACCGUUUUGAGGGGAGGAUGGAUGGGGCCAUGUAUCGCGAGAUCUUGGCCAACAACCUCUUUCCCUCAGUAAGAGCAUUGAAGAUGGGUCGUGGUUGGGUCUUCCAGCAUGACAACGACCCGAAACACACAGCCAGGGCAACUAAGGAGUGGCUCUGUAAGAAGCAUCUCAAGGUCCUGGAGUGGCCUAGCCAGUCUCCAGACCUGAACCCAAUAGAAAAUCUUUGGAGGGAGCUGAAAGUCUGUAUUGCCCAGUGACAGCCCCGAAAUCUGAAGGAUCUGGAGAAGGUCUGUAUGGAGGAGUGGGCCAAAAUCCCUGCUGCAGUGUGUGCAAACCUGGUCAAGACCUACAGGAAACGUGUGAUCUCUGUAAUUGCAAACAAAGGUUUCUAUACCAAAUAUUAAGUUCUGCUUUUCUGAUGUAUCAAAUACUUAUGUCAUGCAAUAAAAUGCAAAUUAAUUACUUACAAAUCAUACAAUGUGAUUUUCUGGAUUUUUGUUUUAGAUUCCGUCUCUCACAGUUGAAGUGUACCUAUGAUAAAAAUUACAGACCUCUACAUGCUUUGUAAGUAGGAAAACCUGCAAAAUCGGCAGUGUAUCAAAUACUUGUUCUCCCCACUGUACAGUGGGGGAAAAAAGUAUUUAGUCAGCCACCAAUUGUGCAAGUUCUCCCACUUAAAAAGAUGAGAGAGGCCUGUAAUUUUCAUCAUAGGUACACGUCAACUAUGACAGACAAAAUGAGGAAAAAAAAUCCAGAAAAUCACAUUGUAGGAUUUUUAAUGAAUUUAUUUGCAAAUUAUGGUGGAAAAUAAGUAUUUGGUCAAUAACAAAAGUUUCUCAAUACUUUGUUAUAUACCCUUUGUUGGCAAUAACACAGGUCAAACGUUUUCUGUAAGUCUUCACAAGGUUUUCACACACUGUUGCUGGUAUUUUGGCCCAUUCCUCCAUGCAGAUCUCCUCUAGAGCAGUGAUGUUUUUGGACUGUCGCUGGGCAACACGGACUUUCAACUCCCUCCAAAGAUUUUCUAUGGGGUUGAGAUCUGGAGACUGGCUAGGCCACUCCAGGACCUUGAAAUGCUUCUUACGAAGCCACUCCUUCGUUGCCCGGGCGGUGUGUUUGGGAUCAUUGUCAUGCUGAAAGACCCAGCCACGUUUCAUCUUCAAUGCCCUUGCUGAUGGAAGGAGGUUUUCACUCAAAAUCUCACGAUACAUGGCCCCAUUCAUUCUUUCCUUUACACGGAUCAGUCGUCCUGCUCCCUUUGCAGAAAAACAGCACCAAAGCAUGAUGUUUCCACCCCCAUGCUUCACAGUAGGUAUGGUGUUCUUUGGAUGCAACUCAGCAUUCUUUGUCCUCCAAACACGACGAGUUGAGUUUUUACCAAAAAGUUAUAUUUUGGUUUCAUCUGACCAUAUGACAUUCUCCCAAUCCUCUUCUGGAUCAUCCAAACGCACUCUAGCAAACUUCAGACGGGCCUGGACAUGUACUGGCUUAAGCAGGGGGACACGUCUGGCACUGCAGGAUUUGAGUCCCUGGCGGCGUAGUGUGUUACUGAUGGUAGGCUUUGUUACUUUGGUCCCAGCUCUCUGCAGGUCAUUCACUAGGUCCCCCUGCGUGGUUCUGGGAUUUUUGCUCACCGUUCUUGUGAUCAUUUUGACCCCACGGGGUGAGAUCUUGCGUGGAGCCCCAGAUCGAGGGAGAUUAUCAGUGGUCUUGUAUGUCUUCCAUUUCCUAAUAAUUGCUCCCACAGUUGAUUUCUUCAAACCAAGCUGCUUACCUAUUGCAGAUUCAGUCUUCCCAGCCUGGUGCAGGUCUACAAUUUUGUUUCUGGUGUCCUUUGACAGCUCUUUGGUCUUGGCCAUACUGGAGUUUAGAGUGUGACUGUUUGAGGUUGUGGACAGGUGUCUUUUAUACUGAUAACAAGUUCAAACAGGUGCCAUUAAUACAGGUAACGAGUGGAGGACAGAGGAGCCUCUUAAAGAAGAAGUUACAGGUCUGUGAGAGCCAGAAAUCUUGCUUGUUUGUAGGUGACCAAAUACUUAUUUUCCACCAUAAUUUGCAAAUAAAAUCAUUAAAAAUCCUACAAUGUGAUCUUCUGGAUUUUUUUUCUUCUCAAUUUGUCUGUCAUAGUUGACGUGUACCUAUGAUGAAAAUUACAGGCCUCUCUCAUCUUUUUAAGUGGGAGAACUUGCACAAUUGGUGGCUGACUAAAUACUUUUUUCCCCCCACUGUAUGUAGAAUGCUUACUUACUUUCUCCUGUUCUUCUCAUUUCUUCUUUAUAUUUAUUGUGUGUGUUUUUGUUCUACCUUAUGCUAUUUUUAGUGCUACAUUGAUAUUGAUUACGGCAUUGUUGGGGUUGGAGCUUGCAAGAAAGGCAUUUCACUGUACUUGUGCACGUGACAUUAAAACUUGAAACUUGAAAACUUGAUAAUUACCUAAUAAGUACUAUUUUGUUUCUUUGUGAUUGUUUGAAACAAGCACCACUAUGUGGUCCUCUGUAGCUCAGCUGGUAGAGCACGGCGCUUGUAACGCCAAGGUAGUGGGUUCGAUCCCUGGGACCACCCAUACACAAAAAUGUAUGCACGCAUGACUGUAAGUCGCUUUGGAUAAAAGCGUCUGCUAAAUGACAUAUUAUAUUAUUAUGUACCAUUUGGCAGCUGAAGUACUCACAUUGUUACCACAUCAUUCGUAAACAUCAAAUUCAUAAAUAGUGGCCUGGACGCCUUGUUCCAGAUAAUUAUGUUCUGUGACAAUGGCCAUAGGAGGAGUUGACAGUCAGAUAUGGGAUCAGGCUAGGUAAAUAGAGACUGAAACAGGACUGUAAAUUAAAGCCAAUAUUUGACCCGCUAAUGACCUUUGACCUCCUAAUUCCCCUUAUUCUCUAUUUCUCCUCAGCUUGCUGCGUGGUGCAGAGCUGUUGGGAAUGCACAAACUGGUGAAACCAGAGUACGGCGGCGGAACACGCAGGUUUUCCUGUGAAGAAGAUAACAUCUAUGAGAACAUAGAGAGCGAGUUGUGCUUUUUCACCUCACGGGUUUGUAUCAGUUAUGGCCAUAAUCUCCAAACAUAUUGAAACGUCUCUGAUAUACACUACAUGACCAAAGGUAUGUGGACACCUGCUCGUCGAACAUCUCAUUCCAAAAUCAUGGGCAUUAAUAUGGAGUUGGUCCCCCCUUUGCUGCUAUAACAGCCUCCACUCUUCUGGGAAGGCUUUCCACUAGAUGUUGGAACAUUGCUGCGCGGACUUGCUUCCAUUCAGCCACAAGAGCAUUAGUGAGGUCGGGCACUGAUGUUGGGCGAUUAGGCCUGGCUCGCAGUCGGCAUUCCAAUUCAUCCCAAAGGUGUUCAAUGGGGGUUGAGGUCAGGGCUCUGUGCAGGCCAGUCAAGUUCUUCCUCACCGAUCUCAACAAACCAUUUCCAUAUGGACCUCGCUUUGUGCACGGGGGUAUUGUCAUGCUGAAACAGGAAAGGGCCUUCCCCAAACUUUUGCCACAAAGUUGGAAGCACAGAAUCGUCUAGAAUGUCAUUGAAUGCUGUGGCGUUAAGAUUUCCAUUCACUGGAACUAAGGGGCCUAGCCCGAACCAUGAAAAACAGCGCCAGACCAUUAUUCCUCCUCCACCAAACUUUACAGUUGGCACUAUGCAUUCGGGCAGGUAGCGUACUCCUGGCAUCCGCAAGACCCAGAUUUGUCCGUCGGACCGCCAGAUGGUGAAGUGUGAUUCAUCACUCCAGAGAACGCGUUUCCACUGCUCCAGAGUCCAAUGGCGGCACGCUUUACACCACUCCAGCGAACGCUUGGCAUUGUGCAUGAUAAUCUUAGGCUUGUGUGCGGCUGCUCGGCCAUGGAAAUCCAUUUCAUGAAGCUUCCGACAAACAGUUACUGUGCUGACAUUGCUUCCAGAGGCAGUUUUGAACUUGGUAGUGAGUAUUGCAAACGAGGACAGACGGUUUUUACGCCCUAGGCACUUCAGCACUCUGCCGUCCAAUUCUAUGAGCUUGUGUGGCCUACCUACCACUUCAUUGUUGCUCCUAGACGUUUCCACUUCACAAUAACAGCACUUAUAGUUGACCUAGCAGGGCAUAAAUUUGAAUUGUUGGAAAGGUGGCAUCCUAUGACGGUGCCACGUUGAAAGUCACUGAGCUCUUCAGUAAGGCCAUUGUACUGCCAAUGUUUGUCUAUGGAGAUUGCAUGGCUGUGUGCUUGAUUUUAUACAUCUGUCAGCAACGGGUGUGGCUGAAAUAGCCGAAUCCACAAAUUUGAAGGGGUGUCCACAUACUUUUGCAUAUACACUACCGGUUAAAAGUUUUAAAACAACUACUCAUUCAAGUUUUUUUUUAAAACUAUUUUCUACAUUGUAGAAUAAUAGUGAAGACAUCAAAACUAUGAAAUAACACAUACGGAAUCAUGUAGUAAAAAAGAAAGUGUUGAACAAAUCAAAAUAUAUUUUAUAUUUGAGAUUCUUCAAAUAGCCACCCUUUGCCUUGAUGACAGCUUUCCACACUCUUGGCAUUCUCUCAACCAGCUUCACGAGGUAGUCACCUGGAAUGCAUUUCAAUUAACAGGUGUGCCUUCUUAAAAGUUAAUUUGUGGAAUUUUUUUCCUUCUUAAUGCGUUUGAGCCAAUCAGUAAGGGGGGUAUACAGAAGAUAGCCCUAUUUGGUAAAAGACCAAGUCCAUAUUAUGGCAAGAACAGCUCAAAUAAGCAAAGAGAACGACAGUCCAUCAUUACUUUAAGACAUGAAGGCCAGUCAAUACGGAACAUUUCAAGAACUUUGAACGUUUCUUCAAAUGCAGUCGUAAAAACCAUAACGCGUUAUGAUGAAACUGGCUCUCAUGAGGACCGCCACAGGAAUGGAAGACCCAGAGUUACCUCUGCUGCAGAGGAUAAGUUCAUUAGAGUUACCAGCCUCAAAAAUUGCAGCCCAAAUAAAUGCUUCAGAGAGUUUAAGUAACAGACAAAUCUCAACAUCAACUGUUCAGAGGAGACUGUGUGAAUCAUGCCUUCAUGGUCGAAUUGCUGCAAAGAAACCACUACUAAAGGACAUCAAUAAGAAGAAGAGACUUGCUUGGGCCAAGAAACACGAGCAAUGGACAUUAGACCGGUGGAAAUCUGUCCUUUGGUCUGGAGUCCAAAUUGGAGAUUUUUGGUUCCAACCGCCUUGUCUUUGUGAGACGCGGUGUGGGUGAACAGAUGAUCUCCGCAUGUGUAUUUCCCACCGUAAAUAAUAAUAAAUAAUAUGCCAUUUAGCAGACGCUUUUAUCCAAAGCGACUUACAGUAAUGUGUGCAUACAUUUUUUGUGUAUGGUUGGUCCCGGGGAUCGAACCCACUACCUUGGCGUUACAAGCGCCGUGCUCUACCAGCUGAGCUACAGAGGACCACAGACCGUAAAGCAUGGAGGAGGAGGUGUUAUGGUGUGGGGGUGAUUUGCUGGUGACACUGUCUGUGAUUUAUUUAGAAUUCAAGGCACACUUAACAGGACAAUGACCCAAUACACCUCCAGGCUGUGUAAGGGCUAUUUUACCAAGAAGGAGAGUGAUGUAGUGCUGCAUCAGAUGACCUGGCCUCCACAAUCCCCCGACCUCAACCUAAUUGAGAUGGUUUGGGAUGAGUCGGACCAGAGAGUGAAGGAAAAGCAGCCAACAAGUGCUCAGCAUAUGUGGGGAAAGCAUUCCAGGUGAAGCUAGUUGAGAGAAUUCCAAGAGUGUGCAAAGCUGUAAUCAAGGCAAAGGGUGGCUAUUUGAAGAAUCUCAAAUAUAAAAUAUAUUUUUAUUUGUUUUUUGGUUACUACACUUUUUUGGUUAUGACAUGAUUCCAUAUGUGUUAUUUUAUAGUUGUUCUACAAUGUAGAAAAUAUUAAAAAUAAAGAAAAACCCUUGAAUGAGUAGGUGUUCUAAAACUUUUCACCAGUAGUGUAUAGUGCAUGUCCUGUUGCAGACUUUUACCUUGUUCCCUUAAUCUAUGUGGUUGUUCCGGUCUUACCUUAUCUUUAGGAGCGUCAGAGUAUCAUCAAGUACUGGCUGGACAACCUACGUGCCAAAACAAGGGGCGGUCCUUCACAACAUCCACUUCCUGGAGGGACAACCAAUCAGUAAACUGUUAUUUUUGUAUUUCAUCAAUCCCUGUCUCUACAGCAUGUCAACAACAUCUAAAGUAAGACGGCUUCAUUAUUGACUGAUAACUAUGUUGACUGAUCUCAGACGUUUAAAUAUGUUUGGAGAGUAUGGCCAUAAAUAACAUCUUCCUCUAUAGCUCAGUUGGUAAGAGUUUGUAAUGUCAGGAUAGUGAGUUCGAUUCCCGGGACCACCCAUACGUUAAAAAAAAGUAAUAAUAAUAUGUACGCAUAUGACUGUAAGCUGCUAUGGAUAAAAGCUUCUGCUAGAUGGCAUUCAUUUUCUAUCAUAGUUCCAGAGCUGGUUGCCAGAGGAGUAAUCUGUCAAGUGUUUCCUCUACACGAGCAACGGAUCCUCAGUCAGCUGAUGACGUCAUGGGUCCAAGCUGUCUGUGAGAGACAGCCUUUGGGUGAGCAGCACCUGUUGUGACAAUACAGCAUGACUUAUUGUUACAAUUAUUUGCGCUACAAAUGCAAUAUCAAUGGAAAGAUACACAUUUCUUAAAAUGAUCAUUCACUAGCUGAAGCCAAUAACCCAUUUUGUCUGUCUUUUGUCUGCAAUGUCCAUGUUGUUGGUCCACGUGUGUUAGAUGACAUCUGUGAUUACUUUGGGGUGAAAAUCGGCAUGUACUUUGCCUGGCUGGGCUUCUACACCAACUCCAUGCUGUACCCGGCAGUCAUUGGCUUCCUGCUGUGGAUCCUGGCAGAGGCUGACCAGGUAGGUGAUCCAGCAUCACAUGACUCAAUGGAGACCACACACUGGUCAAUAAACCUGUCAACAUACAGUAACUAAUGUAUGAUACACAAUGUAGUUCAGCCUACUUCCUAAUCUGCCAGUGACAAUCACAUAGGAGUUGGCAAGAUAGCACAAACAGAUCGUGGAUUAGGCUAAAUGUAGCUACCAUACACAAUGGGAUUUCACAGUUAUACAAUACAAAUGACUCACCUAUUGUGGGAAUAUGUGUAGGUGUUUCUUUUCACAAACACUGCAUAAAACAGCAUGUGAAAAAAUAUGGAUGUGUUGGCCUAUACUUCAAAACUGUAUCACCCAUCACAGCUCUUACUAUCCCUGUGAUAUGGCAGGUAGCCUAGCAGUUCAAUUCCCCGAGCCGACUAGGUGAAAAAUCUGUCGAUGUACCCUUGACAAGGCACUUAACCCUAAUUGCUCCUCUAAUUCGCUCUGGAUAAGAGCGUCUGCUAAAUUACUUGACUGUAAUAUGAUACAGUCCAUUGUUAUUUUUAGUUACUGUAUGAAGGUCCCUAUGAUUUGUAUGUAUCUCAUAUGGCUCACCCACUCCCCAACAGACCAGCCAGGACAUCUGCUGUGUAGUGUUUGCCCUUUUCAACGUGGUGUGGGCGACGGUCUUCCUGGAGAGAUGGAAGCGGAGAGAGGCCGAGCUGGCAUACAUGUGGGGAACACUGGACACCCCUGCCGAGUCCCUUGAGGAGCCCCGUCGCCAGUUCCGGGUGAGUGACCUAUUAUUGCAUUCUAUUAAUCUUCAGAGUUGAGAUUAAUCUCUCGUGGACAGAUCUACGUAAACAUAACUGGUACCGUAGAAUCUGUCGGGAAGGGAUGGGAUGCGUGGGGUAAUGAGCAGCAGUAGUUCCAGUGUUUGGGUUUUUCGUCACUGGUUAUUUGGACAAAUCACGAUUUCAAUGGCGUUAGCCAUUUGAAUUUUGGAAGGGGAUGGAACAUUCGGCCUGUAACGUGCAAAGAGAGAGGGUGGAGCUCCUCGUUCUGGUUCAGCUCCUUGUUCUAGCAUCUCUUCAUCUCUUCUCUUAAAACGUUUGGACCCAGAACUUAAUCGAGCAGCUGACCAAUUACGCAAUACUUUAGUUCUGGAGAUUAGUCCAAGAUUCAAUCUGAGGCGCAUUGUAGAGCCCUUGACAUUUAAAGGUACAUUCCGAUUGAGCCGACAUCUGCCGUGGGAACAUUGCCUUUAAAAGACGUAUUGUCGAUAGCACUCUACAACACACGUUAGAUUGAAUCCCAGCCUUAGAUUACUACCAGUGCUGUUUGGUUCCUUCAGGACUAUAGCCAGAGUACAAAUUCCAUCAGCAGCCUCAAGUAGCUGCUUUAGUUUACGGGUCUACAGUGAUAAGUAAUAUGAGCUCUAGGCUUGGAGAGUGUUGUGUGAAUUCCAAGAGUUGGAGGCAGGGUUCAUGCCUCCUGAGAUUUCUAAACGGGCAGUUGUCAUGGUUACUAUCAGGCCCGGCUAGCUCAGUUGGUAGAGCAUGAGACUCUUAAUCUCAGGGUCAUGGGUUCGAGCCCUAUGUUGGGCGUAAAUCUUUUAGCUGGUGUUCUUGAUCUUCUCAACUACCAUCUUGUCUUUGGGGGACACAUGCCUCCUGUGGUUUCUAAACAGGCAGUUGUCACUGUUGCUAUCAGGCCUGGCAAGCCCAGGUGGUCGAGCAUGGGACUUUUAGUCGUGGGUUUGAGCCCCACGUUGUGCGUAAAUGUGUUAGCUGGUGUUCCUGAGCUUCUCAACUACUGUAUUGUGGUUUCUAAAGGGGGAGCUGUCUCCACCCCUAUCAGGCCUUGCUAGCUCAGUUGGUAGAGCAUGAGACUUUUAAUCUCAGGGUCGAGGGUUCGAGCCCCAUGUUGGGCGCAAGCAUUUUAGUUGGAUUAAGCCUGUAUCUCUGUGUGCAGGGUGUGAAGCGGUGCAGUCCAAUAACAGGCUGUGAGGAGUUAUACUACCCACCCUGGAAGAGGACAAUGUUCAGGUGGAUGGUCAGCCUCCCCAUCUGUCUCCUCUGUCUCUGCUUCGUCUUCUUGGCCAUGCUAGUCUGUCUGGAGAUGCAGGUAAGAGACAGCUAAAUCAACAGGAAAUAGCCAAUAGACUCAUCAGACAUAUUCCCAAAGUCAUGAUAAUCAAACAUGGUCCGGUAUUGAAAGAAGGUUCAGGACGGCAGCUUAAUUCCCAUUAAUAAUAUUUAGGGGAAAGCUCCUUUCGUCAAAGCACUUAGUAGUGUUAAUGUCAGGUACGAUUAGUGUAUACACUCUCCCAUUUAAAUCACAUGCAAACCAAUUAACUUUUGAGGGGUAGGCACUUUUAAGAUAAAAGAGAAUGGCUACAGUGCCUUGCAAAAGUAUUCAUCCCCCUUGGCGUUUUUCCUAUUUUGUUACAUUACAACCUGUAAUUUUUAUUGAUUUUUAUUUGGAUUUCAUGUAAUGGACAUACACAAAAUAGUCAAAAUUGGUGAAGUGGAAUGAAAAAAUUUACCAAGGAGCUCUCCAAACAGGUCAGGGACAAAGUUGUGGAGAAGUACAGAUCAGGGUUGGCUUAUAAAAAAAAAUCAGAAACUUUGAACAUCCCACAGAGCACCAUUAAAUCCAUUAUUAAAAAUGGAAAGAAUAUGGCACCACAACAAACCUGCCAAGAGAGGGCCGCCCACCAAAACUCACGGACCAGAUAAGGAGGGCAUUAAUUAGAGAGGCAACAAAGAGACCAAAGAUAACCCUGAAGGAGCUGUAAAGCUCCACAGCGGAGAUUGGAGUAUCUGUCCAUAGGACCAUUUUAAGCUGUACACUCCACAGAGCUGGGCUUUACAGAAGAGUGGCCAGAAAAAAGCCAUUACUUAAAGAGAAAAUUAAGCAAACACGUUUGGUGUUCACCAAAAGGCAUGUGGGAGACUCCCCAAACAUAUGGAAGAAGGUACUCUGGUCAGAUGAGACUAAAAUUGAGCUUUUUGGCCAUCAAGGAAAACACUAUGUCUAGCACAAACCCAACACCUCUCAUCACCCCGAGAACACCAUCCCCACAGUGAAGCAUGGUGGUGGCAGCAUCAUGCUGUGGGGAUGUUUUUAAUCAGCAGGGACUGGGAAACUGGUCAGAAUUGAAGGAAUGAUGGAUGGCACUAAAUACAAGGAAAUCCUUGAGGGAAACCUGUUUCAGUCUUCCAGAGAUUUGAGACUGGGACGGAGGUUCACCUUCCAGCAGGACAAUGACCCUAAGCAUACUGCUAAAGCAACACUCGAGUGGUUUAAGGGGAAACAUUUAAAUGUCUUGGAAUGGCCUAGUCAAAGCCCAGACCUCAAUCCAAUUGAGAAUCUGUGGUAUGACUUAAAGAUUGCUGUACACAAGCGGAACUCAUCCAACUUGAAGGAGCUGGAGCAGUCUUGCCUUGAAGAAUGGGCAAAAAUCCCAGUGGCUUUAUGUUCCAAGCUUAUAGAGACAUAUCCCAAGAGACUUGCAGCAGUAAUUGCUGCAAAAGGUGGCUCUACAAAGUAUUGACUUUGGGGGGGUGAAUAGUUAUGCAUGCUCAAGUUCUGUUUUUUUUGUCUUAUUUCUUGUUUGUUUCACAAUAAAACAUAUUUUGCAUCUUCAAAGUGGUAGGAAUGUUGUGUAAAUCAAAUGAUACAAACCCCCCCAAAAAAUCAAUUUUAAUUCCAGGUUGUAAGUCAACAAAAUAGGAAAAAUGCCAAGGGGGGUGAAUGAUUUCGCAAGCCACUCUAACCUGUCUUUCUGUAAUUAAAUAUACCUAUGUUGUGGUUUAUCUCCUUUUUUUUUAUAGGAGUUUGUGAUGGAAAUUAAGGAGUUACCCAGUAUCACAAGAUUCAUUCCUAAAAUGUUACUGGCCAUCGUUGUGACUGUAUGUGAUGAGGUGUAUAGGAAGAUCGCCCAUUGGCUCAAUUAUAUGGGUAAGCUGUGCAGCUGAGAUUCAUUAAUAUCAGCACCAGGUGAGGAAUGAUUGGAGCAGUGAGCACCCAUCUCAGAAUAAGAGUAUUGAUCUAGGAUCAGGUCCCGCCCUGUACAUUUAAUCUUAUUCAUUAUAAUAUGAUAAUAAUAUGCCAUUUAGCAGACGCUUUUAUCCAAAGCGACUUACAGUCAUGCGUGCAUACAUUUUUUAUUUUUGUGUAUGGGUGACCCCGGGGAUCAAACCCACUACCUUGGCGUUACAAGCGCCGUGCUCUACCAGCUGAGCUACAGAGGACCACAUUAUGAUAUGAUCCUAGAUCAGCACUCUUAGUCUGAGACACUUUAUGAAUACUGGCUCUGAUCUCUUCAGAGGGGUAUACUACGAUGCAAGCUAGAUCUACUCAGGGUUUUCAAAAGCUAGCCAGCUUCAGUUAGCUUUUCAUCCGUAUUACGACGGUGGACAGUGGUGUAGUGGAAGCUGUACGCAGGUAUACGGCGUAUACCCACUUUGUUUUCAGUCGGCAUUGCGUAUACUAAUUUCUUAAUCCCAACUGAUGUGUUAUAUCAAAGUCGUGUAGUGGAGGUAUAUGCUGUGUCAAUUAAUAGGGCUGAUGGAAAGGAUCUGAAUGUUUCGCUUAAAAUGUUGAUGAAAGGUUAUUUCUUCACAUUUUUAGUGCAGCAAUGUCCACAUGGUGGUACUGUAGGCCUACGCACAAAUGUUCCAAAAUACAAUUUGCAGGAAAACACCGUACUAAAAUGCUCAGCGCAUGCAAGCAGUUUCAUGGACAGAGAUGGAAAUAUCUGUUCGAAUUUUAGAAAGGUGGGAGGUCUAAAGAUGCAACAAUUAUCAUGGGUUGCUAAUACUGUAUGACUAGGAGAAUACAUUUGGCUGCUAGACAAUGAAAGAAAGUUGAUUUGAAAAUCAAUAGAAUAGGAGAGCGCAUAUGAGGAAGUGUUUAUAAAAUAUUUCCCUCAACAUUUCUAUGGUCGAUUUUUGGCUUGGCUACUUUGAAACAAGAUAAGAUAUGCUUCAUAAUAUGAAGUAAAACGUCCAGGUUUCAAACAAUUAAGGAACAGGAAAAAUAUAUUGGAGCUAAUGAUAGGCCUAACUGUCUUCUGGUAGAUGGAAAGGCUUUCCCAAAAACCUUUUUCAAUUAAAUGUUAAAUAGAUACAAAGGAGCCUGUGCCUACUUGGCAGAAUGAUAUCAUGAUUAUUUGCAUCAAUCCAGUGGCCAUUUGUUUUGCAAACUCCAUCUCAUAUGCGCUACAGAAACACCGCUAACCAAACAACAGUGCUAGGUGCCAGCACACUUGAAUAAAAGGGUAACUACACUAAAAUAUCUAAAUGUCUUAGAUUUUUCCCAGACCUCAAAAGUGGUCACCUGAUGUGGUUUAAGCAUUGUUGUGGACUUAGAACAUCCAAUUUUGUUGUUUUUCUAUUAAUAAAGUAUGACUUUGAGAGCAAAAACCUGAUUUAUUUUUACAAAUAUUGAAACAGGUGAAUUUCUGACUCAGUUGACAGACACAUUUAUCUAUUUUAAUAGUUGGCCUACUCUUAGCCUACAAAAACAAUAUUUAAAAUCAGUCGUUUUCCUCAAAUGAAGACUAUGAUGACGCAGUCUUUGUCAAAGGGAGGGAAUCUGAUUUAAUUGGUCCUCAACUUGCGGCUCAGACAUUUCAUUCAGGAUUAAUAGAGUUAGCCCUGAGUUAGCCUGCCCUGGAGCAGGUUAGUUCUGAAGGAUUCAUUGCCAUAUAAAUUUACCUGGCUAAAAUGUGAGCCACUUUCGUAGUACCGGUUAUCCCAAGUUGACCAAAGUUACCUCGCUAACUCCUCAAACCAGGUACGUAGUGUUGUAUAAAGUGAUCACACAGGUUUGUUCAGUAAUCAGUAUCAAAUGGAGCGAUGUCUUUUGAUGAUUGGUAUUAUUUUCUUACAGAGAACUACAGACUUCAGAGUGCCUAUGAGAAUAAUCUCAUCAUUAAAAUGGUUUUUGUAAGUUAGAUAUUUCUUCUUUUUUUAUUUCGACCAUACUGAUCACUGUUAUCCAAGGGGGUGUAUUAUUGACUAACACUUUUGUAUAUAAAUUAUGUUUAGAAAUGCCAUGUCUGAUUUAAAAUCAUUCUCUUCAUUUUGCAGUUUGAGUUUAUAAAUUCUUACCUUAGCCUUUUCUACAUCGGAUUCUACCUCAAGGACAUGGAGCGACUGAAGGAGGUAAAAUCUGUCAAUUAGAUUUGGAUAAUGGAAUACAUGAUUGAACAAAAUUAUCUUCCCUAAAGAACAGCAACAGAAUCACUCACACUGUCUCCUCACAGAUGCUAGCCACUCUCCUGAUCUUCCGCCAGUUCUUCCAGAACAUCAAGGAGGUGCUCCAGCCUUAUCUGUACGAGCACCACAAACUAGGAGUAUUUACCCCCAAGGUUGUGUGGGAGAUUCUCCAGGCCAUAGUACUCAAGUACAGCCGCCUGGCUGUAGGAAAAGCCCAGGUUUCAUGGACUAUCCAGUCCCUGCUAAGCCCCAAAGGCCCUGCCACACUUCCUGGACAGACAGAACAGAACAAGAGAGGAGAUCUCAAAGCUGGCUAUAGGUUCACAGAGGAAGAGUGGGACAUAAAUGACACACUGAGGCAACGGAAGAUUAGCUUCAAUGAGAAGGUGGAUGUUGCCAGGGACAUUGCCAUGGCGACCCAGCCCGAGGACAGCUUCCUGGAGGACAGUCCCACAUUGGUGGAGGAGGGCAUGGAUCCUUCCAGCGUCUUUGAGAUAAGUGACGAUGACAGUGACUAUGAGUCCUCUGAGACCAAGGAGACUAGUGUCUCCCCACCAAAUGGCUAUGACACGGUAGUAUGUCAGAGAUGGAAGAGUCCAAUCCCAAAGAAAGAGGCAAAGUCCUGGAUUGACCCGCCUGAUGAGCCCAAGUCUGUAAUUCUCACCCAAGCAGAGAUUGAGAGCUGCAUGCAGACAUAUGAGGUGUGUCUUAGUCAUCAGAUCUGUUGUUAUGAACUUGACCUGCUGUCGGUUUAUAUUCCACGCGUGUUUAGUUACAUUUAAUGGACUUGGACAGUAUUUCUGGCUAGGGUUAGUAGCUGGUACAUGCAGCAGUACAUUCCAAUUUGAAGUAAAAAGUGAUUUGAAACACAAAUGCUAUUCUAUGACAACCCCAGCUGUUAUGUGACUUUGACCUCUAACCUUUACCUCUGACCCAACAGGACACCCUGCAGGACUACCAGGAGAUGUUCAUCCAGUUUGGCUACGUGGUGCUCUUCUCCUCCGCCUUCCCACUGGCUGCCAUGUGGGCCCUCAUCAACAAUAUCAUUGAAAUCCGGAGUGACGCCUUGAAGCUCUGCACAGGCCUGCAGAGGCCCUUUGGCCAGAGGGUGGAGAGCAUUGGACAGUGGCAGGUCAUUAGUCGCUCACAUCUGGGCCCUUAUUCAAAAGAUGUCUCAGAGUAGGAGUGUUGAUCUAGAAUCAGGUCCCCCUUGUUCAUAUAAUCCUAUUCAUUAUGAUCUAAAAGGCAAAAAUCAUCCUAGGUCAGCACUCCUACUCUCCAACCUCUACAAGGUGUCGAAAGCAUUCCACAGGGAUGCUGGCCCAUGUUGACUCUGAUGCUUCCCACAGUCAAGUUGGCUGGUGGACUGUUGAGCGUGAAAAACCCAGCAGCGUUGCAGUUGUUGACACAAACCGGUGCGCCUGGUACCAACCACCGUACCCCGUUCAAAGGCACUUUUCUUCCUUUUGUCUUGCCCAUUCACCCUCUGAAUAGCACACAUACACAAUCCAUGUCUCAAUUGUCUCAAGGCUUAGAAAUCCUUCUUUAACCUGUCGUCUCCUCCCCUUCAUCUACACUGAUUGAAGUGGAUUUAACAAAUUACAUCAAUAAGGGAUCAUAGCUUUCAUCCGGAUUCACCUGGUCAGUCGAUGUCUUGGAAAGAGCAGGUGUUCAUAAUGUUUUGUACACUCAGUGUAUAUUUAUCCCACCUGCAAUUAAGCUCAGAUAACCAUUUUAGAAUCAUCCAUUUCAAGCAUCUCUGCAAAAAGCAUGCCAACAGUUAUUUAUUUCAUGAAGUUAUUUUUCCUCUGAGAUAUUUCCCCCUCUGUGUGUGCAGACAGCAAUGGAGGCCAUGGGCUUGAUAGCCAUUAUAGUGAACUGUUAUCUCAUUGGCCAGUGUGGUCAGCUGCAGCGUCUCUUCCCCUGGUUGAGCCCGGAGAUGGUCAUCAUCUCCAUCGUGGUACUUGAGGUAAAGGACAGUGCAGUGGCAGCCAACCAUUUUGUCUUCACUCUGUGACACCUAGUAGAUCGAUGUCACAAAUACAGACAACAAUCGUAGCAAUUGUGGUACUAUUUAUAUACCCCCUUUAUCAAAACCAAGGACACUGUACAUAAAUCACAAAGAUUACAGAAUAUAAAACAAUGGAGCAUAGCAACAAAAGGAGGAGGAGGUGUCCAAGCACAAGUGAAUAGCCUUCACUCAAAGAUGACAUCUUGUUUUGAAUAUCAAUUGCAGCAUUGUACAAGAAGUUAGAUCCACAUUGUGCUGUCUUCAAAAUUAAAAAGGAAAGGACAGGUAAUUAAGAACAAAAACUAUUGCUAAAAUGCUUGUGCCCAAUGUGGGGCUCAAACCCACAACCCUGAGAGUAAGAGACUCAUGCUUUACUGGCUGAUCUAGUCGGGCUUGAAAAGAGCAAGCAGUUCCCUCUACAUACCACACACAGCAUGGCAACAUCACACAUACUCUUUCCACUCUGGUAUAGAUUAAGAUCACUUUAUUCAUCAAUUGUACACAAGGUCUAACUGAAAUUUGAUGUCCGCUUUAUCCCAACCCCUCCAUAAGACACACAUACAUAUACAGGUUGGAGAGGUUGGAGCAGGGAGCUGCCACAUUGGGCGUCUGCAGAGCAGUUGUUGUGGGGGGUUAAGUGCCAUGCUCAAGGGCACAACGGCAGGCAAUGGCAUCUAGGAUUUGAUACCAGCAAUCUAUACUUUUCUGUGUUUUCAUGUCACUGUUUGUUUAGCCUGUCCUUUAUUGUGUUGGGAUUUACAGCAUUUUGCCAUCCUCCUCAAAUACAUCAUCCAUGUGGCCAUCCCUGAUAUUCCUGGAUGGGUCGCAGACGAGAUGGCCAAACUAGAGUACCGUCGAAGGGAGGCUUUC